CCCGCCCAGGCCGAGAGUGUUCCGAUCUCACGUCAGCCGGCGUGACCGACGGCGGCUCCUCUCUAUGAUCACUCGGCCGCUAAACCUAAACCCCGAACGUUCGGCCGGCACAAGGAGGAGUUUAAUCGUCAUUUGUUGCAUCGCGUCGCGACGGCGGACUGCUCCACUAUGGCUCUUCUGUACGAGUACGUCACGCAGGAGCAACUCGCAGGCUUCGACAAAUACAAGUACAGCGCCGUGGACUCCAAUCCUUUGUCCGUCUACGUCAUGCACCCUUUCUGGAACUUUGUGGUGAAGUUUCUACCAAAGUGGUUGGCCCCGAACCUCAUCACGUUCACCGGCUUCAUGUUCCUGGUGGUCACUUUCCUUAUGUUGGCCUUCUUCGACUUUGACUUCAACGCCUCAGACGCCAAACAUCAGCACGUGCCUAGCUGGGUGUGGGUGAUGGCGGGGAUCUUCAACUUCCUGGCCUACACACUCGACGGCGUGGACGGCAAGCAGGCUCGUCGCACCAACUCCUCCACGCCACUCGGGGAGCUGUUUGACCACGGGCUGGACAGCUGGGCCUGCAUUUUCUUCGUGGCCACCGUCUACUCCAUAUUUGGGCGCGGCCCCAGCGGUGUGGGCGUUGCCACCCUUUACUACAUCCUCUGGGUGGUGCUGUUCUCCUUCAUCCUGUCGCACUGGGAGAAGUACAACACAGGGGUGCUCUUCCUGCCGUGGGGCUACGACAUCAGCCAAGUGACCAUCUCUCUGGUCUACGUGGUGACGGCGGUAGUGGGCGUGGAGACCUGGUACCAGCCCGUCCUCUUCCACUUCCUCUACAGAGACCUUUUCAGCUUCAUGAUUGUUGCUUGUUCCUUCACUGUGACGUUACCCAUGAGCCUCUACAAUGUCCUCAGGGCGUACCGCAGCAACUCGCUGAAGCACGCCAGCUUGUACGAGGCCCUCCUGCCCUUCCUGUCGCCCGUGCUCCUCUUCAUCCUGUCCACCACUUGGGUGCUCUUUUCUCCGUCCAACAUCCUGGAGCUGCAGCCCAGGCUCUACUACCUCAUGGUGGGCACGGCCUUCGCCAACGUCACGUGCAAACUGAUCGUGUGUCAAAUGAGCAACACGCGUUGCCAGGCGCUGAGCUGGCUGCUGCUGCCGAUGGCCGGCGUGGUGACGCUGGCCGUGUCGGGCCUGGCGCCCGACGAGACUCUGCUGCUGCACGUGUGGACGGCCGCCGUCGUACUGGCGCACAUACACUACGGCGUGUCGGUGGUGCAACAGCUCAGCAGCCACUUUGGCAUCCUGGCUUUCUCGUUGAAGAAGCCCAGCAGCGAUUGACAGGAGGACGAACGAAUCGGCUUGAAAGGAGCAGAGGUCUAGACUCCCCCCCUUUCCUCUCUGCUCAGCAACAUGUCACGCUCAUCACCGCGGUAACCGUAUCCUCUCCAUCCAGCGAGGACCGCCCCAAAACACAUAUACACACACACAGCCACUCAACUUUUUGUGUGCGUGCGUGUGUGUGUGUGCGCGUGUGUGUGUGUGUGUGUGUGUGUGUGUGUGUGUGUGUGAGUGGGGGACUCGAGGGCCUCCAGCUUACCUCAUUGGAGGAUUGAUGCAGUGUUCAGCCAAUGGCCACCAAAGUGUUUCCUAAGGAAAUGUGUUCCAUUUAAGGGCUGGAGAGCCAAUUCACACACACACACACACACUCACACACAUACACUGUCUGCUUUCAGGCAGACACACAUUAUUACGAUAUUAUGAAUGUAUAAUAAUAUUAAUAAUAAGCCUUGAUGAAACCGCCACAUUUUCAAUGGCAUUCUCAGAACAUGAAAGUUUUAUUUAACCUCUUUGGAAAAUUCAUCAAUAAUUUUAAAACGAUCAUUAUUAAUUUUGUGCGGUGGGUUUUUGGAGGUAGACCAGACUAAUGGAUCCUUUACGGCGGACAAGGUCGAAUCCACUUUACGCUAAUGGUGAUCGGACGCGGGUGAUACAGGGAAGUGUCGUGUCUUUCACGCCGAUUUGUUCUUGUUCUUUUCGUCAUUAUUGUCGUUGGGUCGCCAUGGCGACGGUGGCCGCUUGAAUGAAGAGUGCGUCCCAAACGCCGAUCGACGGCGCGGAAGCACUCUGAGGGGAGCGACCCCACGCCGCCUGGUUUCUUAUUUUUUUUAUUUUUAAUUUUUUUUAUUUUAUCAUUUAAAACAAAACCUUUUCUAAAAACUCGUCUCGGUUUUGCGAGCGAUCGUGCGCCUCCUCCCGGUCAGGAUGUUGUCUGCGUCUGUGGAGUCUGCAGAUCAACUAGUAAUGCCUGGCGAUCGGGACGCGAGUGUUAAGGAAAGCUUGCAUGCGUUUCAAGCACAUUAGAGGAAGCUCAAGUGUAUGUCCUUACAUUAUUUGUGUCUGUCUUAUAUUUCUUAUUUUGAUUAACGUAUGUAAUGAUGCACGUUGUUGGUCUCUAAUAGUCUGUGUGCUUGUUUGGGUGUGUGUUUGGCCUCUUGAGCGUAGAAAAGGAAUGUGACAGACCUACACCGGACGAACACAAACAAAUGAGUUUAUAUAGUGAAGUUCAUGAGUCUGUGCCAUCAAUACGUGGCUGAUUUAUGUGGUGCUAUUCACACUCCAUCAUAAUAAUGGCUAAAAAAAAAAUAAUGUCCACGAAAGUUAUUUUUUCCCCCUUAACCACUAUGUUGGACACACCCCUUAUUUGUUUUUUUGUUUUUUUUUUAAAUUAAAAAGUGAAAAACAAUGAAAAUGCCUGAAAUGCUUUAUACUCCAGAUCAAUUCCUGAAAAUAUCUUAAUAAAUACUACUCAAACUGGAAAUACUGGACAAAUGUCAUAAAGUAGUAGUAGUAGUAAAAAUAAUGUCAAGCCGUGUUCAAACUCACAAAGUACACACAAACCACACGAGUGCCGGUAUGACAUCUUACACUAGAGGGUGCAAUACCCGUGGUGGUCGGCAGGUCGCGCUGUAGAUCAACAGUUGAUGGGGCGCAGCUCAUUUGGCAAGUUCAAAAAUUUAUUUUCGGGAAGGAAAUGGGGGUCAUUAUUUGGCAAAUGAUCAGCUAUUAAAACCAACUGAAAUGGUCAUUAUUUGGCAAGUGUUCAGAGUUUAGGCUUUGUCUUGCGUUACGUGCCCCGCUGCCCCUCUGACUUGACAACGUCAUGGCCAGGGCCAACAAGAUGGCGCCGCGGAGCCGACGUGACCCCUCCACGCGCACGCGCACGCACACACACACACACACACACUCAAUUAUAAAUGAGCAUAAUUGGAAACCAGACACGCUGCACACAAACACCCGAUUAUUGUCAUCCACUUAAAUGAAGAAGCAGCAGGCGCCAAUUGCGACCUCAAUUAUAAAACCCACACACCCAAUAGACACUUAAUUAGGUACACUUGGAUAUUGGGCCUCCAAUGCUCAGCUUUGAUUGGUACUUAACCACAGCAGUACCUUGAUUAACAAGUGCCACGACUUACCAGUUUUCCCAAUUACGGUCCAUCACGUGGUUGAAAUUAUGAUGCGUGUGCUGUAAUGCCCUCGCAUCAGAUUAGGGUUUCAAAACAGCGUUAGGGUUUCAAAGUAGGGAUCCAAAAUAGGGUUGGGGUUUCAAAACAGGGUUGGGGUUUCAAAUUAGGGUUUCAAAACAGCUUUAGGGUUUUAAAGUAGGGUUUCAAAACGGGUUUAGUGUUUCAAAGAAGGGUUGAAAACAGAGUUAAGGUUUUAAAGUAGGGUUUCAAAACAGGUUUUGCAUUUCAAAGCAGGUUAAGGGUUUCAAACAAGGGUUAGGGUUUCAAAAAGUAGGGUUUCAAAACAGGUUUAGUGUUUCAAAGUAGGGUUGAAAUCAGGGUUAGGGUUUUAAAGGAGGGUUUCAAAACAGGUUUUGUAUUUCAAAUUAGGGUUCAAAACGGUAAGGAUUUUAAAUUAGGGUUUCAAACAAGGGGUAGGAUUUCAAAAAAAGGUUUAAUGUUAAAAUUAAGGUUUCAUAACAGGUUUAGUGUUUCAAAUUAGGGUUUCAAAACAGGUUUUGUAUUUCAAAGUAGGGUUUCAAAAUUAGGGUUCAAAACAAGGUAAGAGUUUCAAAGUAGGGUUUCAAACAAGGGUUAGGGUUUCAAAAUUGGUUUAUUGUUCAAAUUAUGGUUUCAAAACAGGUUUAGUGUUUCAAAUUAGGGUUUCAAAACAGACUUAGGGUUCCAAAUUGUAAAAAGAAACACAUAUUUUCUGGUCUUACUUGUUAUUUAAGGGUCAAACUAGUAAAUCUAUUUGGUGAAGUACUGAAUUCUCAGAUGUCGCACGGGAAAUGAAAUUGUUAUCUUACAAUUUUCUAAAUCACUCGAAAAUUCUGAAAACUGAAGAAAAAAAUUCUGACUUGUUUCCAUCAUUCUUCUGCCCUUCGGAGGUGUACAAUUAUGAUCAGCGAUUUCUGGACUGCGCCGAGACAAACGUCCUGCGGCGCGUGUUGCGUCACACCAACAUAAUGGAAUAGAAAGAAUCAGAGUCGUACACAUCUAUUUACUCAUGUCACAAAUUCUUUUACCGAAUUGUUUUACCGAGAAGUCUGUAAAUUAAGGUCUUGAAAAAGUAUGGAAUGUUGAAUUUUCAAAUAUGUAGGAAGCCUGUUUUGGAAACAGCGGGACUUUUGUUUUUGGGGGGGGGGUAUUUUGAUUCUUUUCGUCCACUCUUGGUUCUUUUCCCCCUUCCCGAACGAGACCUUCAGGUGCUCCUGUUGCGUGACCACGUCGAUUGUUGCAUGCGUGUGUACGCUAUGCUACUACGGACACCUAAACAUUACGUACUACAUGCAUUAUUCAUGUAUUUUCCAUAGUUUAUUUUUUUUUUAACCGCUUAUGUGCGUGCAAUCCACAAUUUAUUGCCUGUGACAGGCCACUUCAUUAGGGACACCUUCGCUGUUAAUGUGAACUUUCUUUUUUUUAUUAUUAUUAUUUUGUAUUUUUUACGUUUAUUAUUGCGUUUGCAGUUUGUAGUGGUCUACAAGUAUACAUGCUAUCGUUUAGUCUGCAGCCAAUUGUUUGGUGUGUGUGUUUGUGUGCAGAGAGGUAACAGGAGUGCGUUGGUAUACA